AUGCAUACAAUUAAACGUUCAUUGCAAUCAACAGUUGAUGAGCAACUACCGAUCGAUACUUCACACUUUCGUUCUCAUCCACGUGAUCGCCGUUUAGGCAGAAAAUUGCAUUCUAAUAAACUAAAAACCCCACAAAAUGUUCUUCUAUCAGCAGGCACAUAUAAUAAAAGAUUUCGAGUUUCUCACCGAAUUCGACCUGAAAUUGAUGAUCGUCUCAAACGUUUUCGCAUGCUUGAUCCAGAUGAAUUUAAAGAAAUGCUUAACAUAAUGAGUCAACAAAUACAACAAGAACAACCUAAAGGAUUUAAUAAUAUGGAUGCAAUCGAUGGUAUGCAAGUUGAAGGUAAGUUUAUUUAUAAUUGUUUAUCAAAUAUUAACUUUGUUUAUUCUUAA